UAUACCCGAUUCAUUGCGCUCUUGCUGUCUUCAUACAAAGAGCGAUACCAUUUGGCAAGUAUCACCAGUGUGUCAGUUCGGGUAGAAUCUUCAGCUCUGCAUGGCUUACCCAAACAUCGAAGAUGACAGUCUACACUAAUCAUUUAGAGAUUUAUUGUGCGUGAAAGACUUUCGUUUCGUUUCGGAUUUAUAAAUUUUGUUUUCAUGGAAAAAUAUUUGAUUCGGCAGUGGAGAUACAGGUACCACCUUCGUUAUUCCUUGGUGCAGCUCGUGAUGGCUAGCCUUCUCCUCAUUACGUUGUUCCCAAUCUUGUGUGGCGUGACAGCGGGAAGUCGGUAUUAUUAUCCCGGCUGUAGAAACUCUGUCACAGCUGUUCCCAGCAUGGGAGAAAACUGCUCGGCCAUCCUCUGCUCCCAGCGCUACCGACCGGUCUGCGGCAGCGACGGAGAGGAGUACCUCAAUGACUGCAUCCUCUGUAAGACCGCAUGCAGCAACAAGGACCUGCACAAGGCCUGCGACGGGUUCUGCCCGUGUGGACAGAGGGGGACAGCGGGCGCGGCGGCGUCUAGCCUCGUGCCGGUGCCGGAUCCCACCCCCGGUGCCGGUGUCGUUCCUGGUGGCUUCUGCCUCGGAAAAGGACCGUGUCCUUAACAGCCAGUAUACUCCCUUAUGAAAUUGUACAACUCUGGAUCCUUCUGUCUCUACUGAAGUGAGAAAUUAAGUCGGGAAUGAUCUGAUCUCAACUGGGGGAGUGGUUUACUCUUCUUGGAGUAUCCCGAGAAUCUAUGUCCCAGUUUUAUUGAAACAACAUGACCCUUGCUCCCAAUGGCUAUUUUGCAUGACUGUAAUACUUCUAAAAAAUCGUGAACUUCAAUACUUUCUUUACAUUGGCCUACCAACAAUUCCUCAAGAAGUAUGGGCUGAAUUUUGUUGUUUUUAUUUCCUAUUGAAAAAAAAUAUAAUUCCCCAAAAUUUAAAAGAUAACUGAUUCCCAUGCAAGGUAUCUAAAUUCUCGAAAAUAGUGGAAAUUCAUCAAUUAAAGGAAAAGAAAACAUGAUGAGGGAAAUGCUUAUUCUGGUAUCACCUUUAAAUUGACGAAUGUAAAUAUUGGUUUUACAUGUAUAGCAGAAUGGGCCUGCGUCCACUGUGUGGAUUUGUGUGGAUUUUAUUCUUAUGUAAUAGCCUACUAUCGUUCAAUGUUUUAUGAUACAAGUUGUUCUUUUGUCUUGUCUGAAUAUCUAAAUAAGAAAUAUUAUAAGCUCCCCGGGAGUUAAAUUGAA